CCCGCCUCGCGCCGGCGUCCCGGUAGCCGCUUGCGCGUCCAGCGCGCACUUCCGGGCACAGUCGCGGCGUGACGUCAGGAAGAGGGCAGACAGACCCUGCGCUUUGGACACCUUCUACGCCUUGGGAGGAGCCGGUUUGAGCUGGCACCACCACACAGCCCACGACGUCCCCAGAGAGAAGCCUGUGGCACCUCUGCCAGGCUUCGCAGGAGGCCCGGACUGAACAGCAGACCGGCGAGGCCAAUUUCUGACCGGCCGCCUUGAGGACAAGGCCCGGUAGGCGGCUGGCAAGAUGGGUGAAAGGAAAGGCACGAACAAGUACUACCCUCCGGAUUUCAACCCCGAAAAGCAUGGCUCUCUCAACCGAUACCACAACAGCCACCCGCUUCGAGAGCGGGCUCGGAAGCUGUCCCAAGGCAUCCUCAUCAUCAGGUUCGAGAUGCCCUAUAACAUCUGGUGCGAUGGCUGUAAGAACCACAUCGGCAUGGGUGUUCGUUACAAUGCAGAAAAGAAGAAAGUUGGCAACUACUACACCACCCCGAUCUACAGGUUCCGGAUGAAAUGCCACCUGUGCAUCAACUACAUCGAGAUGCAGACGGACCCCGCCAACUGCGACUACGUGAUCGUGAGCGGCGCCCAGCGCAAGGAGGAGCGCUGGGACAUGGAGGACAACGAGCAGGUGCUGACCACAGAGCACGAGAAGAAGCAGAAGCUGGAGACGGACGCCAUGUUCCGCCUGGAGCACGGCGAGGCCGACCGCGGCACCCUCAGGAAGGCGCUGCCCACCCUGAGCCACAUCCAGGAGGCCCAGAGCGCCUGGAAGGACGACUUCGCCCUCAACAGCUUGCUGCGGAGAAAGUUCCGGGAGAAGAAAAAAGCCAUUCAGGAGGAGGAGGAAAGGGACCAGGCCCUGCAAGCCAAGGCGAGCCUCAGCAUCCCGCUGGUGCCGGAGACGGAAGAUGACCGCCGGCUGGCCGCCCUGCUCAAGUUCCACACCCUGGACUCCUACGAAGACAAGCAGAAACUGAAGCGGACGGAGAUCAUCAGCCGCUCCUGGUUCCCCGCCGCCCCGGGAGCCUGCACCCACAGCAAAGCCAGCAGCGUCCUGAGAAAACUGUCCCAGCAGAGCCGCAGGGCCCUGCCCACCAGCUCCCCCAUCUCGGUCGGGGACCUGGGCAUUGUCCGGCGGAACCAGACUCGGGAGGCCCCCGAGAGCCCCCAGGACGCCACAGAGACCCCCAAGGCUGGGGAGCUGCGGGCACCAUAGAGGACUACUCCGGACAGGCCCGCAUCCCCCCAAGACUGCCCUCAGGGGAUGGCGGAGACCAGCAGCCCACAGGGACCACAGAGGAGCGGGCAGGACAAGCCCCUGUCCCCGCCAGGCACUUCCCAAGAGGCGGCCAACCCCCCUGACACACCACACCCCUGCAGCCUCAGCUCCUCCCUCGUGGCUGACUACUCCGGCUCUGAGAGCGAGUGAGCGAGCGGCUUCGAGACCCCACACGCCUGCCGACCUUGGAGAGUUCAGAUGCCACCCCUGCCCCACACCUGGCUUCCUGCAACCACAAAGUUAUUUAUUGGGUCCCGGUGGGGUUUGUGCACCCGCGCAUUAAAGCCUUGUCUCUCCUCCA